AUGGGAAUCCUAAAUCCACUGUUAACUCUCUCUCUUGUCUUCGGAGCCUCAGUGUUCUGUCAAUAUGAUGUCGAUGAAUUUGAGGAUGAACUGGAUAAUGAAUAUCCAUCUGUUUUUCAUCUUAUUCCUAGUGUAGAAUAUGAUGUACCUUACCCAGCCAUACCUGCUGAGUGUGCCAAAGAAUGCUUCUGCCCACCUGCUUUCCCAAGGUCAAUGUAUUGUGAUCAUCGUAAACUCCGGACAAUACCAAGCAUCCCUUCUCACGUUCAACAGCUCUAUUUGCAGUAUAAUGAAAUUGAAGCUGUCCUUUUGAAAUCCUUUGUGAAUGCCACUGCCUUGAGAGAAAUUAACCUUGGCCACAACAAGAUUAAGUCUGAUAUGAUUGAGAGUGGUAUCUUUGCCAAACUUUCAAACUUAGUACAACUCCACCUAGAACACAAUCUGUUAGAAGAAAUUCCAUUUCCUCUGCCCAGAGGCUUAGAACGUCUGAUCCUUGGUUUCAAUAAGAUAUCCAGGAUAUCUGCACAAGCCCUGGAAGGUUUGGAAAAUGUGACUAUGCUUGACCUCUGUAACAACAAUCUCAUAGAUUCCGAAAUAAAAGGAAAACACUUUUCAAGUAUGAGAAACCUAAUGCAGAUCAAUCUCUGCAGCAACAGGCUACAAUCCAUGCCUCCUGAGUUACCAUUUUCACUUAUGUAUCUUGCCCUUGAAAAUAACUCGAUUUCCUUCAUUCCAAAUAACUAUUUCCAGGAGCUUCCAAAAAUUAUUGCUCUAAGAUUGUCAAACAACAAUCUGCAUGAAGUUCCAUAUAAUGCUUUUAACCUAUCUAAUCUUGUGGAACUCAACCUUGGGCACAAUAAACUACAGAAAGUAUUCUAUAUUCCAAGAAGCCUGCAACAUAUAUACUUAGAAGAUAAUGACAUAGAAGUUAUAAAUAUUACUUUAAUGUGUCCUUCUAUUGAUCCACUGAACUUCAAACACUUGACCUAUAUCCGGGUGGACCAAAAUAAGCUCACAGCCCCAAUAAGUACAUAUGCCUUCUUCUGCUUUCCUCACAUACGCAGUAUUUAUUACGGUGAACAAAAAAUUAGUUCCAACCAGCGAACACAGCUGAGGACUCCAGUAUUCCGAAGAUACCUGACUCCAGAAGAAUAUGACGAAGCAGAAGAAAACCACGAAGCAGAAGAAAACUAUGAGGACCAGGAUCAAGAUCACAGAGGAAGGGAUGAAGACUAUUUUGAUACUUACUUAUAUUAA